AUGAACGGUACCACAGAGCUCGAUGUGUUCGAAAACUACUUCAACACGAUCGACGGAAAGCUGAGGGACACGUCAGCAAAGCGACAUGGAAUAAACCCGGCCACCGGCGAAGCGCUUGCAGACGUCCCAGUCGCGACGAAAGAUGACGUUGAUGACAGUGUCGAAGCGGCCAGAAGAGCUUUCAAGACUUGGUCCAAGUUGCCAUACAAGGAGCGGAAAGCGGCCGUGGAAAGUUUUGCGUCGGCCAUUGAGCAACUGGGCAAUAGUUUGACGAGGCUGUUGACCAUCGAACAGGGCAAGCCGAUGGUUGUGGCUCGCUCUGAGCUCCGAGCAGGCGUCGAUCGAAUGCGGUCCGCUGCUAAAAUACAUAUCGUAGACGAAGUGGUGUGGGAAGAUGAGAGAAAACAAUGCAUUUUGCGCUACGUGCCUUUGGGAGUUUGCGUGGGAAUCGUCCCCUGGAACUUCCCCGUCAGUCUCGCGUGCCAGAAGAUUGCGCCUGCCCUGAUGGCGGGCAAUACCAUGAUCGUGAAGCCGUCUCCGUUCACGCCUUACUGCACCCUGAAGAUCGGAGAGCUGGCCCAGCGCUUCUUUCCUCCUGGCGUGCUGCAAGUCUUGAGCGGCGACGACCAGCUCGGUCCCUGGCUGACCGAGCAUCACGAUGUCGACAAGAUCAGUUUCACCGGCUCGACGGCUACGGGAAAGGCCAUCAUGCGCAGUGCAAGCGGCACGUUGAAGAGAGUGACACUAGAACUUGGAGGCAACGAUGCGUCGAUCGUAUGUCCGAGUGUCGACAUAAAAGAAGUAGCACCAAAGAUCGCCACAUUUAGUUUCGUGAACUCUGGUCAAGUAUGCCUGGCCAUCAAGCGCGUGUACGUGCAUGAGUCCAUUUACGAUGAAUUUCUCGAGGCCAUAGUCGCAUACACCAAGGCCCUACGGAGCGGUGACGGCCUGACGGAAGGGGUAUUCGUGGGCCCUCUGCAAAACGAUAUGCAAUUCCAGAAAGCACAAGACUUCUUGCGUAAUAUCCAGAAAGACAACCUUCGCGUCGUCACGGGAGAUCCGACAGCUGUCGAAAAAGCAGGCUAUUUUAUCAAACCCACCAUCAUUGACCGACCGGAUGAGUCGUCUCAGAUCGUUCAAGAGGAGCCCUUUGCUCCUAUCCUCCCCAUCUUAUCCUGGACGGACGAGGCCGAGGUCAUUGACCGGGCCAACAACUCCAAAAUGGGGCUGGGCGCAUCAGUCUGGACCCGGGAUCUCGAACAGGCCGACCGCAUUGCAGGGCAAUUGGAAGCUGGCAGUGUCUGGAUCAAUAGCCACAUGGAGCUCAAUCCGAUGGCGCCUUUUGGCGGACACAAGCAGAGUGGGAUUGGCCACGAGAUGGGCAUUCAAGGCCUGAAGCUGUAUUGCAACACAAAGACCAUUUUCCGGCCCAAGUCGCAACCAUAA